GGGCCCUCAGGGCAGUCAGCCCACACCUUCCUUCCCAACUGCAGCAACAUGGCCUUUCUCUGGCUUCUCUCCUGCUUCGCCCUUGUGGGGGCUGCCUUCGGUCAUUUAUCCCCGUUGGUGCGGAGACCCAUUCACUGUAAUCACGAGUGUGGGGUCCCCGCCAUCGAACCCGUGCUGAAUGGCCUGUCCAGGAUCGUCAAUGGCGAGGACGCUGUCCCGGGCUCCUGGCCCUGGCAGGUGUCCCUGCAGGAUAAAACCGGCUUCCACUUCUGCGGGGGCUCCCUCAUCAGCGAGGACUGGGUGGUCACUGCUGCCCACUGUGGUGUCAGGACAUCCCACGUGGUCGUGGCUGGGGAGUUUGACCAGCACGCAAAUGAGGAGAACAUCCAGGUCCUGAAGAUCGCCAAGGUUUUCAAGAACCCCAAGUUCAACAUGCUGACCGUCCGUAACGACAUCACCCUGCUGAAGCUGGCCACGCCUGCCCGCUUCUCCGAGACCGUGUCCCCUGUGUGCCUGCCCGCGGCUACGGAUGAGUUCCCCCCUGGUUUGCUGUGCGCUACCACGGGCUGGGGGAAGACCAAGCACAAUGCCAACAAGACCCCCGACAAGCUGCAGCAGGCGGCCCUGCCCCUCCUGUCCAACGCCGACUGCAAGAAGUUCUGGGGCAGCAAGAUCACGGACGUGAUGAUCUGCGCCGGGGCCAGCGGCGUCUCGUCCUGCAUGGGCGACUCUGGCGGCCCCCUGGUCUGCCAGAAGGACGGAGCCUGGACCCUGGUGGGCAUCGUGUCCUGGGGCAGCGGCACCUGCUCCACCUCCGUCCCCGCCGUGUACGCCCGCGUCACCGAGCUCAUGCCUUGGGUUCAGGAAAUUCUUGCCGCCAACUGAGCCUCUUUCUCCCACCGUCCGAACCCCGAGUGUUUCCAAUAAAAGCAUGUGACGGGAG